AGAGAGAGAGAGAGAGAGAGAGAGGAAGCACGGCCAUGGCGAUGCAGAGCCUGAGAAGGGGAGCGAUGAGGAGCAUCGUGAGAGGAAUGGUUAAGCCUCAGGUUUUGUAUCCUUUGUACAAGUCUAUCCAAUGCUCAUCAUAUGCCACUCAGAGAAUUGUUGAUAUUGGGCAGCCUACAUCCGUAUCGCAUCCUCAUUUACUUGCAGAAGGGGAGAUCACCCCAGGAAUUACAAGUGAUGAAUACAUUAGUAGAAGAAAACGACUUCUGGAACUACUUCCAGAGAAAAGCUUGGCUAUAAUUGCAUCUGCCCCUGUGAAAAUGAUGACAGAUGUGGUGCCAUAUCCAUUUCGGCAAGAUGCUGAUUACCUUUAUAUCACCGGUUGUUCACAACCUGGAGGUGUAGCAGUUUUGAGUGAUGAAAUUGGAUUAUGUAUGUUUAUGCCUGAUCCAGAUCCUCAAGAUGUGCUCUGGCAAGGCUCAAUCGCUGGAAUGGAUGCAGCAUUGGAUUAUUUUAAGGCUGACAAGGCAUUUUCCAUGAGUAAGAUGCGUGAGGUCCUUCCGGGAAUGAUUAGUCAUGCAACCAAAGUGUACCAUAAUGUGAUGACAGCUUUGCCGUCUUAUAUGGCAUUCGAGGCCUUCCGCGAGUUAGACCACAACAAUAAAGUUAAAGAUAUCUCAUACUUGACUCAUGAACUGCGAUGGGUGAAGUCAUCGUCAGAAGUUAACUUGAUGAGACAGUCUGCCUCUAUCGCUUGCCAAUCUCUUUUGCAAACAAUGUUACUUUCAAGGACAUCUCCUGAAGAAAGCAAGUUAGCAGCCAAGGUUGAAUAUGAAUGCAAAAUGAAAGGUGCACAAAGAAUGGCUUUUCAUCCUGUGGUUGGUGGCGGAGCAAAUGCGAGCGUUAUACACUAUUCACGAAAUGAUCAGAAGAUCAGAGCUGGGGAGCUUGUGUUAAUGGACAUUGGGUGUGAAUUCCAUGGUUAUCUGAGUGAUCUGACUCGAACAUGGCCACCUUGUGGUAGCUUUUCCUCUGCUCAGGAAAUUCUAUAUGAUCUCAUCUUAGAGACGAACAAAGAAUGUGUGAAGCUCUGUAAACCAGGCAUGAGCAUUCAGCAAAUACACAAUUACUCGGUUCAAAUGUUACAGAGAGGGCUUCGAAAGAUGGGAAUCCUGAAAGAUUCAAGCAUCAGUUCAUAUCAUAAACUGAAUCCAACUUCGAUAGGUCAUUAUUUAGGAAUGGAUGUUCAUGACUCGUCUAUGGUCAAGAAUGAACGCCUUUUGCAGCCAGGCGUUGUAAUAACAAUUGAGCCAGGUGUUUAUAUCCCGUCCUCCUGUGAUGUGCCAGAGAGGUAUCGAGGAAUAGGCAUAAGAAUCGAGGAUGAAGUUCUCAUCACUGAAACAGGACAUGAGGUGCUUACUGGAUCAAUGCCGAAAGAGAUUGCGGACAUUGCAGGUUUACUGAACUUUGAUAGAAGCAGAGGGACCGAAGUAUCCUGCUCUCCGGCUCAGCAGCAAGUGGAGUUCCAUUGAAAUGAAUUUGCUGUAUUCUACAAUUUUCAGUACUCAAGGUAUCCAUUUACUGUAACUGUCACAACCUCACAAGCUUGAGCGUGUUGAGAGCUUUGCUCGAGCCGUCCAUCGGCCGGGCUCGAGUUCUUGCUUGGUGUGUUUGGAACUCGGCUCGCUAGAGGGCAGGUUGGUGCAUAUGGUAGUGUGAUUUUCCACAGUACAAUGGCCAGGAAAGCUGGGUAAGAGAAAUCCCCUACUUAAAAACCAGCUUACUUUUAAAUCCUUCUAAAGUGAUAAAAUAUUCAUUAGAUCCUCUUUAACAGAGAUGUUUUGCCUAGUUGAAUUUUAAACAAACACUUUUGUUUAUCUGAAUGUAAUUUCCAUC